GUGAAACUCACCUAGAGACAAUGUGAAAUACCAAAAAUGAUUAAGGGCUAAGGUGACUCAUAUCUGGGAUGGAUUGACUCCUUCAUUACUGUGCUUUUAAUAUAUCAGAGGUAUACAAGGAGGUAUUCUAGGUACUUUAGACCACAAUGCCCAUAUGCACCCCAAGGAUGCUUUGGGCCUUUUCUGUUGAAAUGCAUGUGCAAAAGACAUACUGUUUUCAAAUGGGCUUGUAUCAAUUUUUAAAAGUCUGUUAAUAGCUGGAUUUAGACAAAAGACUUAUAACAGCAUUAGAUUAACUUUUCCUGUUCAUUUGUGAACACAUACCUUCUUUAUCAAAUAAAAUUUAAAUGCUGCCCCAUUGAUAUCUACUCAGAAGUCCAAUUGAAUUCAGUUCCUAAACAAGUAUAUGAGUGACACCUUCAGGUUUUUUUCUCACAAGAGAGUUAUGCAUUUACUUUUUCAUAGUUUAAUCUCUUUACAUGGAGAAACACAUCUUUGUUCCCAUCAGUACAGCUGUCAUAAUUACAUGGUUGCCUUAAGGAUUGAAACUUCUGAAAGAUUCUCAUUAUUUUCAUGUAUACUUGGAGUAUAGUGCGUGAUAGUGAUCCAGUGAAUUACAAAAGACAGAUUAGGAAAGAUGAGGUGUAAUGUGUACAUUCGCCGUAUUGUCUUUUUUUUUACCCAUGUAUGAAAUGACCACCUAAUGUCAUAUGCUUAUUCAUGCAUCAUUUCUUUAAGGUCACUGUUAUUUAGCCUUAUACUAACCUAUAGAUUUUGAUGUUUAGUAAAUAAUUAGAACCAAACCUGGGAGGCUCAGGUUCAAAACUGGCCAAUUACUACCAUAGUGUUGUAGAUCACCAGGCUGAAUCAGAAGGAGGGGUCAAACAUGUCAUCAGUUCUUUUGUGCCCACAAGAGAUCUAUGUUCAGCCCACCUUGAAUUCCUUAUCUACUGCCAAAUUUGACAGUAAGUAAUUCAGAUUCUUGUAGAGAGCUUAAGCUUGCAAUAAAUUUUAAUACCCAUUUGAACUGCCUGGAUCUCCUGAUUUCCCUGGCACUUGACAGUUAAGAAAAUAAAAUGGACCAAGGCUAGGCUCUUUUGCUCCUUGAAGAAAAGAUGGGAUAAAAAUGUGAUUAAUACCAGGUUAGCUUUAUAAUAAACUUUUUUCCACCUUUGGCUGAAAACCUUUGGAUAUUCAGAUGUAAGUAAACUACACAAACACCUUGAUUUCCAGUAGACCUUUACAAAAUUCAGGUGCAUAUUUGAAAUAAGCACACCUAGAAGAAUUGAAGAAGACUGGUUUCCAAGGUUUUUGUAGGAUGGUAAGUCAGAGAAUUAAAAAAUAUGCUUUAAAAAUUAUUUCAUCUUUAUUCCUUUUUUUAGGAGUUUCAGAAAUGUCAGCCCCAUCCAUGAAAGAAAGAAAAGCCUGCUGGGGUGCCCGAGAUAUUUAUUGGAAAUGCUUAGAUGAAAAUAUGAAAGAUACAUCAAAAUGUGACAAAUUGAGGUGCUCUUUUGAAAAUUCAUGCCCACAGCAGUGGGUUAAAUACUUUAACAAAAGAAGAGAUUAUUUACAAUAUAAAGCACAAAUGGAAUCAGGACAAUUUCUGCCUUCAGAGAAAACAGAGAAGUCAUAGCAACUAGAGAACUUUUACAAUGCUGGACACAAGGGAAGUUGCAGAAAAACAGCAUAAUUGCAGAACAUAAAUGCUGGCACCAACGAUGUCUGAUAAAUUUUAGGACCUGUUUUUGUUUAUAAAUCUCAUACUGGCCUGAAAGCUCCAGCUUCCAUUAUUUGAAAUGCUUACUGGAGAGAAGAGGCACUUAGGAAAAUAUGCUUAUCUUUCACCUCUAAAAGACUACACCAUCAAUAAAAUCAAAAUAAAUGAACUGUAUAAAUUCAAA